AUGACAACAAAGGGCGUCUGCUUAAUCGCAGCCGCGACUGCCGUCUCAGCUCUUCAGAUUCCUCUCAACCUCCAAGUCCCAAAGCUCUCAUGGAAUCCCUUCAGCGAUGAUCUACCCAUGGUAGACACCAAAGCCCUUCAAAAGAGCAUCAAGCCCGAGAAUCUCGAGGCGCGAGCAAAGGAUCUUUACGAGAUUGCUAAGAAUGGAGAGGACGAGUAUGGUCAUCCUACUCGUGUCAUCGGUAGCGAGGGCCAUCUCGGCACGCUGUCGUACAUUCACGCUGAAUUGGCCAAGCUGGGCGGAUACUAUUCCGUCUCAAACCAGCAGUUCCCUGCCGUUUCGGGUAACGUUUUCGAGUCGCGACUUGUUCUCGGCAAUGAUGUUCCCAAGGAAGCUUCGCCUUUGGCCUUGACUCCUCCUACGAAGAAUAAAGAGCCUGUCCAUGGAAAGCUUGUUCUUGUGAACAACGAGGGAUGCGACGAGUCCGAUUAUCCCAAGGAUGUCAAGGGAAACAUCGCGUUCAUCCUCCGCGGAACUUGCCCCUUUGGAACAAAGUCUGCCAACGCUGGCAAGGCGGGUGCUGUUGCGGCUGUUGUAUACAACUACGAGAAGGGUGAGGUGCACGGAACUCUGGGAACUCCUUCUCCUGAUCACAUCGCUUCCUUUGGUCUCGGUGGUGAUGAGGGCAAGGCUGUUGCCAAGAAGAUCAAGGAUGGCGAGGAGGUUGAUGCUAUUGCCUACAUCGACGCCGAGGUCAAGACCAUCCAGACCACCAACAUCAUCGCCCAGACCCGUGGUGGUGACCCUGAGAACUGUGUCAUGCUUGGCGGCCACAGUGACAGCGUUGCAGAGGGUCCUGGUAUCAAUGAUGACGGUUCCGGCAGCAUCUCUGUGCUUGAGGUUGCUGUCCAGCUGACCAAGUACCGCGUCAACAACUGCGUCCGCUUUGCCUGGUGGGCCGCCGAGGAGGAAGGUCUCCUCGGAUCCGACCACUACGUCUCGGUUCUUUCCGAGGAAGAGAACCAGAAGAUUCGCCUCUUCAUGGACUACGACAUGAUGGCCAGUCCCAACUUUGCUUACCAGAUCUACAACGCUACCAAUGCUGCCAACCCCAAGGGAUCUGAGGAGUUGCGCAACCUUUACGUUGACUGGUACGAGGAGCAGGGCCUCAACUACACUUUCAUCCCCUUUGAUGGCCGCAGUGACUACGACGGUUUUAUCCGUGGUGGUAUUCCUGCUGGUGGUAUCGCUACUGGUGCCGAGGGUGUCAAGACUGAGCGAGAGGCUGAGAUGUUUGGUGGAGAAGCUGGCGAAUGGUACGAUAAGAACUACCACCAAAUCGGCGACGAUCUGACCAACGUCAACUACACUGCCUGGGAGGUGAACACAAAGCUUAUUGCUCAUUCGGUCGCUACUUAUGCCAAGUCGUUCAAGGGUUUCCCUGAGCGAUCUACCGAGAAGACUGUACAGACCGAGACAUACUCUGACGAGACAAAGUACCACGGCAGCAAGCUCUUUAUGUAA